UCUCAGAUCCCCGGACAGAAGUCUCUGGUUCUGAAAUAGAAAAGAUGAAUUACGGAUUUUUUAUUUUUUCACUACCUGUUACUUGGUUACUGAUGUCCAUCGGAUUACUGCUCAAUAUAUAUAUAGUGGCACAAAACUUCAUUUGGCGUGUGAAGGGCCACUCUCUGCAGACCAUUGACAUUCUCAUGACCAGCCUGGGACUGGUGAGGAUACUUUUCCUAAUUUCUUAUGUGCCUGUUAUUUCUUCCAUAACUGCUGUGAUUCCAAUUCCAGUUAACAUUUACCAGUAUUAUGACACUGCAGUAGCAUGUGUGAUGUUCUGCAGCCUGUGGUGGGGCACCGUGCUCUGCGUCUUCUACUGCGUGAAGAUCACAAACUACAGCAACAGAUUAUUCCUGAGACUUAAGAUGAACAUCUCCAGGAUGGUCCCCUGGCUGCUCCUGACGUCACUGCUGGUGUCUAUUCUCUGCAGCCUUCCAUGCAGAUGGGCUGUGUUCUCCAUACAUUACAUGAAUUCUACACAACUCACUAAUGACACUAAUGAUGGAAACGUAGCUAUCAAUAUAAAUUACACAAAUGUAGUGAUCACCUACUUAGCAGGAUCCAUCAUACCGUUCCUCAUAUUCUGCGCCGCCGUUUCCCUUCUGAUUGCGUCACUGCUGAAACACACCCGGAAUAUGAGCAGCAACAACUCAGGAUUCACAAAAUCUCAGCUUGACGCCCACAAAAGGACAAUUAUAAAUAUGACGUCCUUUCUCUUCUUCUAUAUUCUCUUUUUGAUAGGUAUAAACUUGAUGCCUUUUGCCUUCCAGGUAGAAAACACAUCAUACAGAUUCCUGUGCAGCAUAUUAUGCAUUUCCUACCCAGCCUUGCAUUCUAUCAUGUUAAUAGCCAACAAUGGAAAUCUGAAACGCGCCAUUAAUGCAGUUUUCCGCUGUGCAAGGAAGUGGCCACAUGUGUAAAGGAAUCU